GCACAGGCCACUAGUACCAGCAAGAUCGAAGAAAUCUCUGAUGCAGAAGCCGCCGAAUUUGAGAAACAGCAAAAUGGUCAACAUGCUGGAGCCGAAACGGAAAGUUCAGAGACAAAGAAGUCCGAGGAUGAAAAGGCAGCAGAGGACGAGGAUGAAGAAGACAAGGGUAAACUUCGUCCUAACAGUGGUAAUGGUGCUGAUCUGGAGCACUAUCAGUGGACACAGACACUGCAGGAAGUCGAGGUGCGAAUCCCGUUCAAAGUUGGUUUCCCUCUGAAAUCCAGAGAUGUUGAUGUGAGUGUGGAGAAGACACAUUUGCGUGUUGGUUUGAAAGGUCAUCCUCCUGUCAUUGAUGGGCCUCUGUUUCACGAG